AUGAUACCGAUGAAGAAUCCGGUCUUCAAAAAAUACGCUAUCUACCGCAAAGACCGAGGAAUAGGUCGAGGAGGUGGUCUCAUACUACUCAUCCACAACAGCAUUCCCUACAGCAUCAAGUCGUUACCAGAUGUUCCAACAAUUGAGUCAGGCCAUCACAAUCAACGCAAGCGACACAGAUAUCAACAUUAUCAACAUUUACAUCCCCCCAAAAUCCACCUGCCAAACAGUGUUUUAGAAAAAUGUUCGUUAUUUGCCAGUGUUAAUCUGGCUAAAGUUCUUAUUCUUGACAAUAUAGUUAAAGUUAAUUUCAAAAAUCUGAAAAACGAAAUUAAAGAAAUGUUGUACGCUCAACAGCCAAUUCAGCUACACUCUGUGCUGAAACGCACUCUGGCUCCGUCGGGUACUCUGCCUCGUAAUGAAGACGAAGACUCAACAAUGUUCAGAGUAUGCAUCAACGCCAGUGAUACUUCUAAAAUUCAAGAUCCUGACAAUUUGCCAGAAAACGUAAUCAUCCGUGAAUGGCGGUUCCUCAAAAACCGAACAAGCAAGGUGGUGGUGUUGGGAUUUUUCUCAAGGAUGGUAUCAAUUAUUCAGUCUUGGAUGAAGUUACGCUCUCCAAUUGUGUAG